AUGGCGACCUCAAAUCAAUGGGAAGGUCCCCAGGAGGCCGUGUUUUAAACCAUGGAAACCAAGAAUUCAAGUGAAUCAGCAGAAAACUUGAAGAAAGAGCCGACUCCAGCCAGUGCUUUGAAGAUUAUUCAGAAUAUCAAGACAAACAGUGACACCAUGUAUGAUGAACAGGUGUAUGAGUUACGAAAACAAGCCAGACAGCUUGAAAAUGAACUUGACCUUAAACUGGUAUCAUUUAGUAAGCUAGGAACGAGUUACAGCCAUAAAGACUAUAAGAAUGAUAGGUACAACUCUGAUACGUCACCGUUGCUUAGUACGUCAAGUAGUGAACGAAUGUUUGAUACCAUGGCGAUGGAAAUAGAACAGCUCCUAACCAAGUUAACUGGUAUCAACGAUAAAAUGGCUGAAUACACCAGUAAUAUGGCAAUGUCUACUCCAAGUGCUGCUCUUUUGCACACAUUACAAAGACAUCGAGAUAUACUACAAGACUACACCCAUGAAUUCAACAAAACUAAAGCCAAUAUCUCCGCAUACAAAGAACGAGAAGAUCUGCUUGGGUCUGUCCGACGGGAAAUUGACACAUAUAAAAGUUCGUCAGGACUGAACAGAAGAACAGAUCUUUAUCUCAAGGAAAAUGAACACUUGAGGAAGUGA